AUGACUGUCCUCAAGGGUAGUUAUCUAAACCAAGCGACGGAAAUGGGUACUAGAGCUACUCCAAUGGCGGUGGGCGGCGCGGACACGGACUACGGGUUGAGGCUGCCGGCAGAAAGACAGCUUCUCCUCUCCGCCUCUCAGUUUCUCUAUCUCCGUCCUCCACGCGGAGCUGGCCUGGAGCUGACUAUUCGACGUCAUGUUUGCGCUCUGCAUCCCACCCCGGGCUUCUGCAGAUUUUAUGAGGCUGCUUGCUCAGAUUCGAUGGUCUUCGUCCAAGCGCUGGCAGGCACGUCAACACAAGGACCAGUUUACCAGAGAAGCUGCCGUGCAAGGCCUGAAAAGUCGAGCCGCCUUCAAAUUACUUCAGGUAUCAUUGAAAACACACAACACCACGCCAUGAACUGCGAAUGA